UAGUAAUUGAACUCAAUUUAUACGUGUUAGGUGUCGGAGUGAAGUAGAAGAUGAAUUGCUGGUGCAGAGGAGCCUGGCACUUCAGCUUCAACAAGAGCAAAAGUACAAAAUCAUCAAAAUUUUGCUAACACGACUCAAUGGAUGGUACUUCCGAGUACAUAAUUUUGGACAUCCUCAAUGAAUCAAGUGUGACGAAUUUGUCUCAAGAUUGUUGUAUUUAUAAGAUUUCUGAAGAUCUCAGGGAGCAAAACAAAGGUGCCUUCACUCCUCAUUUGAUUUCAAUUGGCCCAAUUCAUCAUAAAAAUCCAAAAUUGGAGCCAAUGGAACAACAAAAAUACUUGUAUUUCAGAUAUUUUCGUGAUAAACUAUCUUCAGAUGAGGACAGACAGAAUUUAGAAUCAUACACUGCUAGGCUUGAAGAGGAAGAAGAACAAAUAAGAAAGUGUUACUCAGAAAAAUACACUCAUUUUGAGACAAAAAGGUUUGUGCGCAUGAUGCUGUUGGAUGCUGUUUUCAUCAUGGAGCUUUUCUUGAGAAAGAAGGAAGGAGAACUUGAUCGUGAUUUCCUAUUUAAGAAUUCUACGAUUAGUAAGAUCAUCGAGAGAGAUUUGAUAUUACUUGAAAAUCAAAUUCCAUUUGAUCGCUUGAAUACAUUAUAUGAUCAGGUUGUACCCACCAAUCGAAAGAAUGAAUUGGCCUGUCUGAGUUUUCUUGAACUUGCUCGACACUACUUUGAAAUUUAUGAUCCUUAUGCUGAUAAGUCAGUGGGCAAAAUCAAUGACAGUAAUUUGCUGAAGCAACACUGGGACAAACCAAAACAUUUCACUGAUUUAAUUAGAUUUUUUAUGAUUCCGCAGGAUUUGGUGCAGGAUUUGACCCCAGAUGAGAAUGAUCGUCUUCCCAUCAUAAAGACUGCGACAAAGUUGAAAGGGGUAGGGAUAACUUUUGAGAAAGCUUCAAACACAUGUUUGCUAGAUGUCAAGUUCGAGAAAAGGGAAUAUUGGAAUCGGUUUAGUUGCUUUGGCUUCUUGCAAAAGAGGCUCAAAGCUCGUUUGCUAAUUCCAGAAUUGAGGGUUGACUACUCCACAGAAUCUGUCCUACGAAACCUCAUGGUCUUUGAACAAUAUUCCUACCCUAAGCAUCAUUAUGUUUCCAGUUAUGUUGCUCUCAUUGGUUAUCUCAUUCACAGUAAAGAAGAUGUAGAUGUGAUGGUUGAGGACAAAGUUAUUAGUCAUGAUCUGGGGAGCGACAAAGAGUUGGCACAGCUGAUCAAUAUUCUUUGCAAAAACACUGUUCUGAAUUCCACAUGCUAUGGCACAGUUUCAAACAGAUUGAAUACGCACUACGACAGCCAAUAUAACAAAACUCUUGCCUUGUUAUCUUCAGUAUACUUCCCGGACCUCUGGAGAGGCACCGCAACAGUAGCGGCCAUUAUUGUCGUUGUUUUUGCAAUCACAAACUUCGUUAAAAUUAUAAGGGAUUUCGCACAUCCUAAGUAAUGCUGUUUUCUCACCUGCUAAUAUUGGUGAUGCUUGUUUUACUUUGUAUUUGUAAUAUUUUUAUGCUUUUAUGACUGUAUUGGAUUUAUUUCAAAACAUAUAAAGAUUGCAUUUUGUCAAUAUCUAUGUGAGAUUCAAUAAAGUUUUACAUUAGUUGUUAA